CCUGAACCUAAAAUUAUUUCUGAACGGUCCCAAUCUCGUGGAAACGUUUGUGUAGUUGUUGCCAGACUUCAACUUCGAGCCAAAAAAACGUUGGAGGCAAUUGCCCGAUGACGUGUUCAAAGAAGAAAAAGCCACUUCUUUUCUCAUUCGUCAUUUCCAGGAGAAGAGACGACAACGGUCGCCCUUCUUCGUCGAGGAAGCCCUCGAGAGCACCCACAGCAUCUAUCUUCAACAAUAUCCAAGCAAUCAUUUGUUGAGUUUUCGAGUAUCCACCAUGGUGUCUUUGCGUACUUUGCUCUUUUCCCUCUCUGUGCAAGCCGCUGUUGGUUUCCUCUCGUCUCAGGGAAAAUCCCAUGACAUUCCCAAGCUGACCACGGUGGGGGCGUCGGUUGUCUGGGACGAAGUGGCUCCUGGUGAAACGACGAUUGGUCGAUUGGCAGGUGUUCGAAAGAGGCUCACCAACGUGUUCCGCAAAAAGGCACAGCCACCGGUGUCCGUGGAACUGGACCAAGCACCCGUCACAGUUGUUGUUCCGGAAGAUCCUAUUGUCGCAACGACGAAAACUGUGGACUUGCCUUCCAAGCCGGUCGAGUUUCGAACCACUCCGCUCCGUAUCCCCUCCCAACCUCGGCCCCGCAGACAGGAAAUGAAGUUGGCGGCCAAGUAUGCCGAAAUCGACUCUUUGGAGGAACGAGCCUUUCAAAUUCUGGUGGAUCUCGGUAUGGUGGAAAUUCACAACUAACCGAAAAGAUGGACUCAAGAGAAUGGAGAAGGAAUCGAAUCAGUUGUAUUUCUGGAGAGCAGAUUGGCGAAAGAAUGGGUUGCGUGUGUGGGUGUUCCGUCAUAUUCUCUCGAAAAAAGGACAAUCUACAUCGCUUCUAAGUUGAGUAUUCUACACAAUGCAUUUCGUAAAAUAUUGAAAGAGCCAGGUGGACAGAAAGGUGCCGGGAUGACAAGUUGCAUUUGGGCUCCAUCAGCACGACAACAUUGUGGCACUUUCAAAAUGCUGCAUGUACUUUAGCAAAGCAAACAACCAAUGUAGUAUUUUUGCGUCGACGUAUAUGCGUUUUUCCUGUCAGAUGCAGCCAAUCGCAGCCCUCCUAUCUCCACAACUAGCUACGGUAUUGU